AUGCGUAUUGAUGCAUUCAGCGACACUGAAAACAACAGGGCGCACUCUGACCGCACCAGAGAACGGCUUUUCCACAGAUAUCGUGACCUGGCACCACAGCUUGUUCCAGAUGACUACACCAAUAAACCAGAUGUGAGGAUUCCCUAUGAGCUGAUUGGAAGCAUGCCAGAACUCAAGGAUAAUCCUUUCCGCCAGCGAAUUGCAGAAGUUUUCUCAGAAGAUGGGGAAGGAAAUAUGACAUUGGAUGAUUUCUUAGAUAUGUUUUCAGUGCUUAGUGAAAUGGCUCCCAGGGACCUAAAAGCUUAUUAUGCUUUUAAAAUAUAUGAUUUCAAUAAUGAUGAUUACAUAUGUAAAUCAGAUUUAGAGAAGACACUAAACAAACUUACUCGGAACGAGCUAACACAAGAAGAAGUGUGUCUAGUUUGUGACAAGGUGAUUGAUGAGGCUGAUGUAGACAAUGAUGGAAAACUGUCAUUGGAAGACUUCCAGCACAUGAUUGUCAGAGCUCCAGAUUUUCUCAGCACUUUCCAUAUCCGGAUUUAACCAUUUCUUGUCUAAAGAGCUUCAUCUGGGGUAUCGCAUUAUCCAAGUAAAUCAAAGUUUCAGCAGAAUGCACAUAACCUGUGACCAUGCAACAAAACCCAUUUGUUUGUGUAUAUUGUACAAUAUGACUACGAUUUAUUCCAAUAGAUUUUCUUUCAUAUUACUUUGUGACGUUAUUCCUGAAAUAAAUAUUCCAUAGAGUAAAAUGA